CUACCGUCUCUUUCUCAUUUCAUCGAAAAAAUUGCUGGCGCCUAAGGUAUUUAUCGUCUCAGCCCAAUUGUCAGUUGUUUUGAACUACAGGAUUCUGAUGUGGUUCGUUUCCCAAAAUGGUCCUUCUAACCCGGGAGCUCAUUGCGAGAAUUAUUUAACUGGAGACAUCCAAGACAAACCAAUGCACCCCUUGCUCGAACACUUGAUCCCCACCCAACAACAAUCUUUGCAUCGAGAAUUUGAAUUUUGCUACGACGUCUAGCCAAACCAUAGAAGAUGGGUCGCCCCCCUACCAGUGGCUAUUGCCGCACUUGCCGACGGAGGCGGGUGAAAUGUGACAGGCUUCGCCCUGCCUGCGAAAAGUGCCUCAGGUCUGGCCACCCAUGUGGGGGGUACGAACUCCCAUUGCGGAUGCAGCAUUUUACCGCAACUGUCGAUCCAAGCGGAGCUCAGCAAUUGAGUCGGAUUUCUAACACGACGAAAACGACACUUCCGCCGCCGACCAUGGUUCAAGAGUUGACGUUGACUGCUUUUCGCGAACAAAUCGCAUUCUCGCACCUAUUGUCGAAUUACCGAUGGGGACCCUUUUGGAAGCCUGUCCUCCGUGUUUCCUUGGACGGAGCCACGCAGUCUGAUGUUGUGAAAGCUGACUACACCGGAAGCCUGGCGACAGCGCUUGGUUUUAUGGGUGCUAGGGUCAACGAGCCCACGAUGCUUGCUGAGGGCUACGAGCUGAACGGGCGGGUGAUACGUGCGCUGCAGUCAGCAUUGCUGACCAAGUCAAAGAUUGACUUGGCCAAUUGGGCUGUUACAAUCACAAUACUGAGCCUUUACCAAUUUGCUGUCGACCAGGAAGUCAAUAUUCCGCAUUACUACGGGAUGGCAAGAAUUGUUGAAUGGUGCGGGCCCGAGUGCUUUCAACAUGAGCCCAUGCUGACAAACCUGCGUCACAUGAGGGCUCUACAUGCUUGUAAAUGCUUCAAUAAAGAUGAAGGGACUUUCUUCGCUCAAGAGCGCUGGAAAAUCUUGCCAUGGUUGCACCAUCCGAAAACCUCGCACGAUCUUUUGAUGGACAUUUGUGUCGAUAUUCCCGGGCUGACCUUUUCAGUCGCAUCUUCAGCCAAAACACUUUCCACAGAACAAAAAACUGCAUCUUCUGCCGCGAUUCACGAAAUGCUAUCGAAGCUGUAUGACUGGAGAAGAGUAUGGGAAAGUAACAACCGGCACGCCGCCAUGGAGGUGUUCACACCGCUGAAAGAAAACAUCAUCUGCAGCCCUUGGGUUCAAAUGCUAUUGUCACGGCCAUUGUUACUCAACACAGCUCAGCAGGCCGCCGAGAUGCUUAUUUAUAACUCUGCACUGGUCCAACUUAUGAAUCUUCAGGAUUUCCUGCAGACUGGAAAUCGAUUUCCCGAAGCUCUUCCGACCAUCAUAAACCAGGCUAUACUUAGGGGGCCAGAUCAGCCCUUGUACAUGCCAGAAGACAUUAAGCACCGUUGGCAGCCAUCGAUCGAAGGGCUACGGAUAAUGCGAUUGGUGAAGAAUAUCUUCACGUCUAGUGAGGAUUCUGUCCUCAUCUCUCUUUCGCCUAUCGGCAUCAUCUAUAACUCCUUGCUUGCAACUGAGGGUAUGGGGCGCUUUUUUCUUUCUUUGAUAACAGUUCCAGAUGAUUACGCAAGAACAGACGAAGAGCUUUCUAUUUUUCGUCUCUGGAAAUCUUCUGAGCACAUGUACACAUUUAGAUAG